GUUUUUGUUUUGAAUGUACUUGCGCGUUAUUGGUGGAGGCGUGUCCUAUUCCAUUGGCUGUCUGAGCCAUAGUCGAUCACCACAGCAGCGGUCAGCGAACGUACGCGAGGAAACUGGAUCACUAUGAAGUUAGCCGAUUAUCAUUAGCUGUCGUUAGCAUCAACAACUUGAAAUUUGUGCACAGUGAAUAGGAUCGCCAGGCAGUAGUGGUCACGUAUAAAUAAUGCUACUUUGUCGGGUAAUUAAACCGUCGGCAGUGACUUCAGCUCAGUGUUUGAACUCUGUCCAAGUUAGAGCAAACAGAGUAAGGUUACUGGACGUUAACCUUACCUGUUCGUUGCGUAACAACACAACAAUAUGUUCUUCCAGAGUUUGCAGUGGAUAUGCCUACAAUAAACCCUGUAUUUUUAGUCAACAAGCGGUCGGAGGACGGGAGGAAAACCCAAAUAUCUUCAGGGACUCUUCCACGGUGGAAAUAGGAGAACUGAGUCAUCCUGAUCGGGCUUAUAUUUCAGCUGUCGCACAAGCCACCUUUAAUGAUGCCAAGUGCAGUUCGCGUUUGUCGUAUCCUUUCUGGGUAACUGGUAAUAGAAACACAUUUAGACUGACCGAAUUUGGAUCUUUUUUGUUGUCAUCACGCGCCAAAGUCCGUGCGGUUUGGCUUUCCACGUCGACUUUGCAAAUGAGGACUGCUUCGUCUACGGCUGCUCAACCGAAGCGUGACACCAGUGUCGAGGAGCAUACAGCGGCAAGUCCGAAAGAGGACCCGGAGUCUUCCACAGCGCCUAGCCGGGGCUCCCAGGGACCCGAGCGUGAGCCACAGCCACAGCCACAGCCUGAGGAUGACAAACCCAGCAAGACCCAGCAGCUGAAGAAAGUUUUCAAGGAGUACGGCGCGGUCGGAGUCGCUUUCCACGUCGGCAUCUCGCUCAUGUCUCUGGGCAUAUUCUACGGGGCGGUGUCCAGUGGAUUCGACAUGGCUGCGGUGCUGUACAAGAUGGGCUUCAGUGAGUCGGUGGUCCAGUCCAAACUGGCGGCGGGCACCAGCACCUUUGUGCUGGCCUACGCAGUCCACAAGCUCUUCGCCCCGGUCCGCAUCAGCAUCACGCUGGUGUGCGUACCACUCAUCGUCAGAUACUUCCGAAAGACUGGUCUCUUCAAGCCCCCCGCAUCCUCCCCCUGAGAGGAGGGGUUGACACACACACACACACACACACACACACACACACACACAAGCUUUUUAGUUAACCAGUACAUGAAGGAUGGACUCUAGUUCUGGACUUAGUUUCGAUUUGAGCCUGGGUUUGUACCCUGGCCAAGUCUAUGAUCACUCUCAGUCACUUAGUAAUAUUGAUGUUUUUUGCAUAUUUUAUUUUCCUUUCUUUGCUGUGACACCCCUAUUGGCCUCUAUUAUGCCGGAGCCUACAUGCAUUCACAACCUGGAUGUUAUACACUCUCAUUUUGGCAUAUCCAUGUGAAACAGAGCAAUGAGUCAGUUGUAGUGCUUAGAGUUCAACAUGAGCUAGUAUCAGUCGCAUGGCAUGUUGCCAUUGGUUACAGUCCGUUUCAUUUUUCCUUUUUUUUUUUUUUUAAGUGCCAAAAGAUGUGCGACCAAGAACUAAUAUCAGGAAUUUUGACAUGUGUAAACCCCCACCAUGUGUGAAAAAGGCAGAUUGGGUGUCGAUUGAGAAUGAUGCAGUGUGGAUAAACACAAAAUCCCUUAAUUACAUGCUGUGAGUGAAAAAAAACAAAUGUUGCUUAUUUGUUUUUGACCAUUAUUAUUAUUAUUAUUAUUAUUAUUAUUAUUAUUAUUAUUAUUAUUUUAUUCCUUUGAAGAGAUCAAUCAGUGAAAUGUAUUGUUGUGAAAGUCAGUUUCUAAGCUAUUGAUGGAUGAAUUGUGUGAUUGUUCUUAUUUUAUGAAUAGAAUUAUUAAAAGGGAGAUGAAUCUG